AUGUAUACAGCCCUCCAGUCGUGUGACUUCCCAAAUUUGAAGUUUGUAUGUGACGAUUGUCUCCCAACAUUCAAUACAUCGAGUGUAGGCAGAGGAGUGCUGCCCUUGCCGAGCGCAAGUGGGCUGGUGGAGUGUGCGCAGCAGUCCGCAUCAGCGGAGGCGCCGCCGACAGAUACCGCCGAUGAGCAGAGACGACCGAGACGCAGGCGUGCAAUCAACAACGUGCGACCAACCUCGAGUGAGAGCCGCGCAGCGGCAGUGAUUGAGUCUGGAUCCCCUGCGGCGAUUCAGACACUGCCGGAGCCACCAGUUUCGUUGCCCAACGCCAACAGCAGAUCGUACGCCCGAGUUGCUGCUGCCUCGCAUUCCCCCAACAGUGCUGUGACCAGCGUCACCGAACGCCCUUUGACCCAGCCGGCAUCCUGA